AUGGGUGUUGUAGUCAAACAUGUGGAAACUGGGCCUGUUGGUGUGUUUACAUUAUUAUUAGAAGAUUUUGGUGUAAGAGGUGUCCAAGUAGAAGAGAUAUAUGACCUUCAAAAACCUAUUGAAGGACCAGUCUAUGGCUUUAUAUUUCUAUUUAAGUGGAUAGAAGAAAGGCGAUGUCGAAGAAAAGUAGUCGUAGAAGAAAGUUUUGUAGAAGAUGAAGAAAUUGUAAAUUCAAUUUUUUUUGCCCAGCAGAUGGUUCCUAAUUCGUGUGCAACUCAUGCUUUGUUGAGUGUUUUAUUGAAUUGUUCAAAAAUUCAUUUAGGACAGACUUUAACUAGGUUAAAAAAUCAUACUACAAAUAUGAGUCCUGAGAAUAAAGGAUAUGCAAUAGGAAAUACUCCAGAAUUAGCAAGAGCCCAUAACAGUCAUGCAAAACCAGAACCAAGGCACCUGCAUGAAAAAUCACACGGUGUUUCUACAGGUCGAACAAUGGAAGCUUUUCAUUUUGUCAGCUAUGUUCCCAUAAAUGGUCGAUUGUUUGAACUAGAUGGUUUAAAACCUUAUCCAAUUGAUCACGAAUGAAUUUACAUAUUUCAAUUCAAAGAAAAUAUGGUGUUGGCCAAAUUAUUAUG